AUGGGUGGAGCAUGCUGCAAAGAGGAGGAGAUCGACUUUUCGCAGGAAGUCGAGCUCAACCACUUCAACCUGCUUCGAUCGGUCGGAAAAGGUGCAUUCGGCAAGGUCCGAGUGGUUCAGCACAAGCAGAGCAAUCAAAUCUAUGCCUUGAAGUACAUCAACAAAGAUAAAUGCAUCAAGAUGAGAGCUGUUGAGAACAUCAUUCAAGAACGACGACUACUGGAGGAAGUGCAUAGCCCGUUUGUUUGCAAUCUGCGGUAUGCCUUCCAAGACGAUGAAAACAUGUUCAUGAUACUCGAUCUGAUGCUCGGCGGUGAUCUGCGAUUCCACCUCGAUCGCAUGGGAACCUUCAAAGAAUCCAUGGUCAAGUUCUACACUGCCGAGAUUGCAUGCGGGCUCGGAUAUUUGCACUCAAAACGCAUCGUUCAUCGAGAUUUAAAGCCGGACAACGUCCUCCUGGACGAGAACGGACAUGCACAUUUAACAGACUUCAACAUUGCUGUUCACUACCGCGAAGAAAAGCCGCUGACGGCAGUGGCCGGCAGUAUGGCGUACAUGGCUCCCGAGGUUUUGCAAAAGAAGGGGUACUUCUCUGCCGUUGACUGGUGGAGUCUAGGCGUCAUGAUGUACGAGCUCACAUUCGGCAAGCGCCCGUUCAGGGCAAAGACAAACGAGGCUUUGCAAGUUGCCAUCAACACCGAGCCACUGAUCUUUCCUGAUCAUCCAGCGGGAGCCACUCCCAGCGGAGACUGCCUAAGCUGUUUAUCACAGCUUAUCGAACGAGAUGUCACCAAGAGACUGGGAGCCAAAGAAAGCGGCGGCAUUCCCGUCCUGCGAGCACAUCCGUGGUUCAAGGAGUACGACUGGGCUCUGAUUGAGGAGAAGAAAGGCACGCCGCCGUUCACCCCUGAUUCCAAGAAAGCCAACUUUGAUGCCACCCACGAGCUGGAGGAGCUGCUUCUGGAGGACAAUCCCCUCAAGGCGAAGCCAAGAAAGAAGAACAAGGAAAAUGGCGGCGAUGGUGGAAAGCCUCUUUCGAAGGAAAUGCAGAUCAUGGAGGACAAGUUCCUGCUCUACGACUACACCAAGCCCAAGCACCGA